AUGGGCUGCAUGCGAGCUGGAAAAGCGUGUAUUGUACCGAACAGCGGGACUGCUGCAUUGGUUUCUCGUUCAUCCCCGCCACCUUGUCUGUCUUUGGACGACCACUUCUGCCCACCAUUCCCCCUUUUUCUUCUUGUUUCAGUGCAUGUACGUGUCUAUCCCACUACUUGUCGAGUGAUACCAGGAUCUGUCUUUUGUGCUUUCUGUUUCAAUUCCGAGGUUUCUGUUUGGAUCAGCGAUGGCGUUGUAUUGGGCGAAAGCGAGUGGGAAAAAUCAUCGGAAAAUAAUUGGCGCUCGAUGACCAUUUCAUUUCUGAGCAAGCAUCUGAUUUCAUGA